UACAGACACACACGCACCGUGAGAGGAGAGAGGACAGCCAGCCAGACUGACAAUUCCCUCCGGUCUAGUGAAGGAAGCCUCAACAUCUAUCCAUCACUCCAGAGCGUGUGCUGCCGAACCAGUAAGAGAUCUGUUUAUUUAGAUUAUUUGAAGAAAGAAAAACGGCGUUGGGGAAGAGCAAAGGGGAGGAAUAGGGGGGAAAAAAACAAGAUCUGGAAAAAAAGCUCGCUCAUGCCGAAUAAAGGACGGUGGCUGGGUGUUAGUUGUGUUGUUUUAGGGGGGGAGCAGGCCUAACUUAUUACAUGAACUGACUAAUUGAGCUCUAAUAACUAAAUAAGCAGCGGAGGGAAGAAGAAGAAGAUCAUCUCCACACAUCACGCCUAUUCUCUGCCACGAACAGCACCACAGACUUCUCAAUGAAGGAGCCUGACGCAAUCAAGCUCUUCAUCGGGCAGAUACCCCGAAACCUGGAGGAGAAGGACCUGAAGCCCAUCUUCGAGCAGUUUGGAAAGAUCUACGAGUUGACCGUGAUAAAGGACAAAUAUACAGGGAUGCACAAAGGAUGUGCCUUUCUGACGUAUUGCGCUCGCGAAUCUGCCCUCAAAGCCCAGAAUGCACUGCACGAGCAGAAGACACUACCAGGGAUGAACCGCCCGAUCCAGGUGAAGCCAGCAGACAGCGAGAGCAGAGGGGAAGACAGGAAGCUGUUUGUGGGUAUGCUGGGGAAGCAGCAGACGGACACCGACGUGAGGAAAAUGUUCGAGCCGUUUGGCAGCAUAGAGGAGUGCACGGUGCUCCGCGGGCCUGACGGGACCAGCAAAGGGUGUGCAUUUGUAAAGUUCCAGAGCAACGCAGAGGCCCAGGCCGCCAUCAACGCUCUGCACGGGAGUCGUACUUUACCUGGCGCCUCGUCCAGCCUGGUGGUGAAGUUUGCCGACUCCGAGAAGGAGCGAGGACUCAGGCGGAUGCAGCAGGUGGCCUCUCAGCUGGGCGUCAUCAGUCCCAUGACCCUGCACCUCGGGGCCUACAACGCCUACACACAGGCCCUCAUGCAGCAGCAGGCCUUGGUGGCGCAGUCGGCCUACCUCUCUCCUGUUGCCACGGUGGCGGCGGUUCAGAUGCAGCAGCUCGCCGCCCUCAACCCCAGCAGCAUCAUUGCCACGCCGAUUGCAUCCAUCACCCCGUCCUCAGGUACCAGCACUCCACCCUCCAUCGCUGCCACACCUGUUCCUGCUCUGCCUCCACCCAUCGCAGUGAACAGCUACCCCUCUGUUCCAGCUCCACCUAAUGGCCAGUCCACCACAGAGGCCCUGUACACCAACGGGGUUCAUGCCUAUCAAGCUCAGAGUCCCGUCCUGGACCCACUGCAGCAAGCUUAUACAGGCAUGCAGCACUACACAGCCACCUACCCUGCUGCCUAUGGCCUGGUGGGACAACCGUUCCCCCACCAGCCCGCCCUGGUGGCUCAGCAGCCGCAACAGCCGCAGCAGCUGCAGCAAAGAGAAGGUCCGGAGGGCUGUAACAUCUUCAUCUACCACCUGCCGCAGGAGUUCACCGACUCCGAGAUCCUGCAGAUGUUCCUGCCCUUCGGAAACGUCAUCUCCGCAAAGGUCUUCGUCGACCGCGCCACCAACCAGAGCAAAUGCUUUGGUUUCGUGAGUUUCGACAACCCGUCCAGCGCCCAGACUGCCAUCCAGGCCAUGAACGGCUUCCAGAUCGGCAUGAAGAGACUGAAGGUGCAGCUGAAGAGGCCCAAGGACGCCAACAGGCCUUACUGAAGGAGGAAAACCUAAGAGUUCAAUCAAGAAAACCACUUGGGAUGUCCCAGCCUUUUUUGGUUGUUUGACCAACCGUAUAGCACAGGAGCAACACUUCACAAAAAGCAGUAUCACGUGUAUGCGCUUACAGAAUUAAAAAAGAAAGUAAAAAAAAAAAAA